AUGCUCAGACGUGAAUAUUCGUAUGACUCGCUAAGCGACCCCCAGAACGACUUCCUGAAAAAUUCCGGCCAGCUGGUCCGGCUGCGCUGCAGUGGCAGAAGGAAGACGUCGACGAGAGACGACGCCAGUCGAGGAGACGUCUUUCUCUGCCACUUGAAAAGGCGGCAAGAUCCAAGCCUUCACGGGACGGAUGAACGGGAAGAACGUUUGAUGGGGGAGGAAAGAAGUUUCAACGAACAAAAAAAGAAGUUUUCUCCUUCUCUACACUCUCUCGAUCUCUCUGCCCUCGGGGGCCGGCAAAUUAGGAGAGCCGCCCGUGAUUUUGCUCACCGCCGGAGUAAUUCCUGACUUCCGGUGUGUCUCUUUCGGAGUUUCUUUCUUUCCUACGGCUAGGUUGAGUUGAGGGAUAUGUUAGGGUAAGGUUUUGGAUUGAAAAAGAGAAAUUUUGCCUAUUUGAGAUUUUUCGGAUGGGUAAGAACAUGUAAGAACAAGAGAGAGCUGAUAGUUCUGGACGAAAAAUCGAGUUUUUGAGAAAAAUUUUGGUUUUUUUAAAAUUCUUUCGCAUGCGUAAUAGUAUGCGAGAACAAGAAGAAGCUAAUGAUUUACUAAAAAUUGGAUCUUUUCACGAAAAUUCUGAUUUUAGAGUAUUAGAAGCUUCUAGGAAUGUCUGAGAGCUGAUUUUCGAUAUUCAAGGUAGAUUUUCUGGUUUUCAGAGUCACUUUGAAAGUUUACAAUGAAGAUAGGGCUCGGAAAAGUGUAUUUAACUUUAAAAAAUAAAAGGUUGAAUUGAGGAAUCUGUAGGAACAAGAAUAAGUUGAUGGCUUUGGAUAGAACAAUUUUUGACAUUUUUGGGUUCAAGGAAAUUUUGGGAUUCACCUGAAGGAAAAGAAGCAUUUUUGGAGAAUUUUCUGGGAGUUUGGAUAAAUUUCCGAAAUUUCCAGACAAGGAAAAUCUUUUGAGGCUUUUGUUGAAUGGACUAUGAAUUUUUGAAAAACUUUCCCAUUUUGCAAAAAAUAUGGUUGCUCUGUAGUAGUCAUGAGUUUUAAGAAGUCUGUAAGGUCUAGAUUUUUGUCAAUCAAUAGGCUAGAAAAAGCUUUGUCUGUUCUUGAAGCUUCUAAAGUCGUUAUGAUUUCUUUUUUUGAUUUUUUCAAAAUUAUCAUUAUGUAAGAUAAAAAAUUUUACGUAUUUUUGAACUUAUGAGCUUUUUUUUAGUAACUUUCCGGCUUUCAACUGAUCCUUUUGACCCCAAAACCUUCAGAAAAGGGAAUAAUAUAAAUGGUGAUAAGAAGCCGAUCGAUGGCGGCUUGAUUCCGUCGGUCGCUGAUAAGGGCCGGUCGGAUCGAUUUCUGAACAGGACGACUUUACUGAUUGGGCCCCGGGUAGAUAACUGGGUUAUUGGGUGAAGAGAAAGAAGCGGCUGUUAGCUUAGGAAAUUUGCGUAAUUUUCGAAGUUGAACCGAUCGGAUGUUCCAAUAUUUGGAAGUCACGGCUUGAUUUUUUGAGGAAAAAUGGCAGAUUUUCAACUAUUUUUUACAGUUAUUCCUUUUUUCCCAAUGGACACCAUGGCUGUCUAGGCUGUGAGGAAAAUGUAGAAAUUUGUGAUUUUAUCGAUGGAGCGCAAUUUCACGUUGCUGUUUUUGGCCAUUUUUUUCUCAAAAAUGACACCAUGGCUGUCUAGAUUUUAAGAAAACUAUCGAAAUUUUGCUAUUUUGUCCUUAGAGCGCAUUUUCCCGUAGCAAUUUUCCCGAAAUUGCCCCUUCUAUGGAAUAUUUGCAAUUUUAUCGAUAGAGCGCAUUUUCCCGUAGCUAUUUUAUGGCUAUUUAUUUUCAUAUUGGUCCCUUGGAUCCACUUACCUUUCUUGUGGGAAAUUUAAGAUUUUAAAAAAAAACCGCAUUUUCCGGUAGCUAUUUUUUUGCCAAGGUGAUACCAUGGUUGCCUUAAGAAAACUAUUGAGACUUUGCGAUUUUGUCGUUAGAGCGCAUUUUCCUGUACCUAUUUUUCUCAAAUUGAAACCGUAGAUCGGAUUAACCUAUUGAUAGGAUAUUUGCAAGUUUAUCGAUAGAGCGCAUUUUUCCUGCAGCAACCUUUUGGCCAUUUUCAAGACUUCCAUUGAACUUUUUUUUUCUUAAUAGAGACUGAAUAAGAACUUUUUUGUGGCUAUAUUUAUACCUUAUUUUUUGUAUAUCUGUUUUUAAAAACGAGAUUUGUCCAUAGAGCAUAAAAAAUAUUUUUUUCAAGUCACUUUUUGACAGCUCUUUUUCUAUGAAGUUCAUUUUUCAUUAGAGAAAAAAAUCGAGUCUUUUCAUUUUUUUUUUCAGUUCAAGUAAAUUUUUCGCUUUUUCCUUCUUCCAUAUUAAAUAACUUAUUGGUAAGAAGUCUUUUUUUAUUAUUUGUGGAGCGCAAAAACAUCCUUUUUGGGCUGUUUUUGGUGCUGCUAUUUUUGUCCGAGUCAAUUUCCUACUCGACUCUUUCGAUCGCUAUCGAUCCAUCAAAAUAACCCCGUUGCUGCAACGGAAACAAUAACAAUAGGAAUGGAGUGGAAAAAAAUAUAGAGUUGGUGGUAGGAGAGAGUGUGGAAAAAGCGGAGAGUAGCAGAAGGUGUCCCCUGCCGGAGAGCGGCGCGCCAAGCGGACGCCUCCGGCCGUCCGACCGGGGCCACGCCCCCUUUUUUCGCCUCCUCCCCCUUCUUCUCAACCGGAAUACGUGGCGAGAUUCGGCUGCGUCGACGUCGUUUCUCCUUCCUUUUUUUUUUCGUCCCAAAUCCUUUGCCGGCGGCUGGGGGUCACGCAAAACCAGGCCUCCGUUUAUUCUUGGCUACGAGACGUCUUGUUUCUGGAAAGGCUUCUGGAUUCUGGAGACGUUGAUUCUAGAGAAUAUUCUGAUUCACUGAAGACGUCGGCUCUCAGAAAGUCUUUGAGUUCUGAUUUUUUGAAGACGUCUCUUCUGAAAAUUCUGAAGGCGUCGCUUCUGAAGCCUUUUCUGAAUUUCGAAGACGUUGAUCAAGUCGAAGAAGCUGCACAACUCUGA